UAUUAUAACGUGGCAAAAAAAAAUCUGAAUUAAUCCAAAGUGGGCCAGCUGGCCAGCUAUACUUGUUAAUCAGUUGAACUUGGUUAAUUUGUCAAUAAUCAUUAUUAACAUCUAAAAUAAAUUUUCACUUUUGAAGGCUUGGCUUGUCAGUCAGUUUUGGCGAGCUGAUGGUUUUAUCUCAACUCUUACUCUAUUCUCUUUGGAUUUAUUCAGUUACUUUUCCAGAGACCGUUUUUGUCUUUUUCAACAAAGAAUACGAUUUUUCACGGCAAACACACGCGGUAGAAACAGCGACUUCUGGAAAUUUAGGACUUCUCCUGUGACCAUCACCUGAUGCAAACGAAUUAUUUCAGGCCAGCGACGGAUUCACCUGUUGUCGUCUUGAGAAAGGAACCUGCAUUCUGGAACUACUUUUUAAGACGAAGUGUACCUUAAAUCGAUAUCAUGAAGAAAUCAUCUUGUGAAGUAUUUGCGCUGUACUUUAACUCAUCAAUCUCCGAACGUGAAGACCUCGAUUCGACGUCCAUCGUAAAUUGUGUCUUCAACGGUUUUCUGUGCUAUACCGUCAUCAUGUUAAACAUUGUAACAAUCCACGCGAUAAGAAAGACAUCGUCGUUGCCAAAGACUUUAAAAACAUUGCUCCUUAGUCUUGCUGUCUCUGACGUUGGCGUUGGUUUUUUAGUCCAACCAUUUUACAUCUCCCUUCUCGUCAAGGGAUUACAACAAAACAUUGCUGCCUGUAACACGUAUAAGGCUUUUGACGUGAUGGUGGUUUUGUUUUCCACGGCUUCCUUCUGUGGUGUCGUAGCCAUAAGUGUAGACAGGUCCUUAGCUAUUCAUCUUCAUCUCAGAUACCAGGAACUUGUGACUCACAAGCGUGUUGUUGCUGUGGUGAUCUCAAUAUGGGUGUUAAGUGCGUUUUGGUCUUCGAUGGCGUUGUGGGUACCGAACGAUAUUCACUCGCUUUUUGUAUCCAUUGGUACUGUCAUUGGUCUUCUUGUUACAACACUGAUUUACAUCAGGAUUUAUUUAGCUGUGAGACGCCACAAGAAUCAGAUACAGGCCCUGCAAGUACAGAAUGCAGCCCAAACUAGCGAAAUGGCAAAUUUUGCCAGUCUCAUUAAAUCUGCAAUCGGUACGUUUUACGUCUUUCUCGUUUUUUUGGUUUGUUAUUUGCCAAUCUUUAUCUGUUUGGCUGCACUUGCAACCUUGGGCCCGAAUAUCACUUUGAAUAGAUCAUUGCUUUUUUCUUGUACUCUCGUAUUUCUUAAUUCAUGUUUAAACCCAGUCAUUUACUGCUGGAAGAUGAGACACAUUCGACAGAAAGUGAUGAACAUACUGCGGAACAUGUCUUGGCACAGAAACCGUGCAUCAUCCUUAUUGUAGCGCCUG